AUGUUUAACGUUAUCGCAAUCGCCAUCAUUCUCCUUGACGGCUGGGGUAUGAUCGGCAUCUGGACCUCUCGCUUUGGGUUCCACAACACCUGGGAAGUCUGGGCCUACCAGGCAUUCUAUGGCCUCUUUGUGUGUCCCUGGUACAGCUACAGCCAGAUCAUGAUAUCGGAAGUGACUCCUCGGGGAAGGGAGUUCCUCUUCUUCAGCCUGUUCAGCAUCAUUGGUAAGACCUCUUCUUUCAUCGGCCCGCUGGUGUCCAGUGCCAUCAUAGAUGCUUCGCCAUCAGGGAACAAUUCGACUCCGUUCUACUUUCUGUUUGCUCUUAGUCUGGCAAGCUUUGUGUUCCUGUUCUUCUUCGUGGAUGUACCGAAGAGCCGGCGGGAACAGGAGCUCUUUUUGGCCAGGGAAAAGGCAAGGCUCGCAGAGAGAGAAGAGCCCUUGACCGGGUAA